CCCGACGUCUUUGCUCCAGGCGUUUGGGCCGCCACCUGACCCGAGCUUCUCUGAGUCUGCGCAGUGAUGAUCAGAGGGAAGAUGGCGGCGGCGGCGGCGGCGGUUGGGUUUCGCGCUCGAGGCGGCGGGCCGGGACUUCUGAUUUCAUCAAUAAGGUGUCUAAAUUCCUCAGCAAGUGAUGACAAAACUUCAAAAUUUCAGCCUCCACCAAAACCUGUUAUCAUAGAUAAAACACAAUCAACAACAUCACAAAGAAGAUUUGUAAGUCCAGAGUUUAUAAUGAGAAGAGGAAGGACAAAUCCCCUAAAAUUCAUCAUGGAGAGAAAGGAUAUGAUUCAGAGACGGAAACUACUAAAUAUACCAGAAUUCUACGCAGGAAGUAUUCUAGCUGUUACAAUGGCAGAACCCGGUGAUAAUAGCAAAGCUAAUAGAUUUGUUGGAAUUUGCACCCAAAGAUCAGGACAAGGAUUAGGGGCUACCUUUGUACUCAGAAAUAUCAUAGAUGGGCAAGGCGUUGAGAUCUGCUAUGAUAUGUAUAGUCCCCAAAUUCAUCAGAUUGAAGUACUAAAGAUGGAAAAGAGACUGGAUGAUAACCUAAUGUACCUGCGUGAUGCCCGGCCAGAGUACAGCACUUUUGAUUUUAACAUGAAGCCUGUGCCCAACUCUGUUGGUUCUGAGGUCCCUGUCAAUUCGCUGAAAGUUAAAAUGAAACCCAAACCAUGGUCAAAACGUUGGGAACGUCCGCAGUUCAACGUGCAGGGUAUACGCUUUGAUUUAUGCCUCACAGAAGAACAAAUGGAAAAAGCCAAGAAAUUUGAUAAACCCUGGCUUAAAUACGAUAUGCAGAGAGAAUAUGACACAUCCAAGAUUAAGGAAAGUAUUGAGCGAGAAUUGCAAAAAGAGCUAAGUUAAUGAAACAUUUCAGGGGUGUGUUUAUGCAUCUCGUCAAGAACUGCCAACCUAAUGAACAUUUGUCACAUCUACUGGUACAGAGUUGUUUCGAUUAGUUUCGGCAAUUUCUGCUAUCUGAGUGGGAGAACUUCUGUUAUAUUUAUCAAUUCAGCUUUAAGAAAAUUGACUUGAAUAAAAUCAAUGAGCUUGAAGGAUCUCAAUGUGAUUUGUCUGAAUUGUACUAUAUUCAUGAAAUGAAAGUAUGCUAAUUAAAAAUGAGGCAUUUAAUCUGAAAUUGUAUAUUCUUGUUUAGAGCAUAUUGUCAUGCUCCCAUCAGGUUAAAUGUAAAUUUUGAGAAAACAUUGUUUCAAAUUUAAUAAAAAAUUAAAUUUGGAGUCCAGCAAAGUGAAA